CUUUUUAUCAGGAUUUUCUGGACAAUUUUCACUUAUUUAAUCCAAGACCAUAUGUAAAUUCUAUUUGUGAUGGAAUUUGAUGUGGGAACUUCUUGUUGUGACCUCAUUUGUGGAUCUCAACACAAGAAAAGGAGAAUAUCUGUCAACCAUGUUGAUUCUCCAACAAUGUGCUGUGUUUCGAGUGAUCAUGCUGCUGCCUCUUUACCCACUUUGAGGUCGUGCGACUACUAUAUGCAACCAUGCUUGAAUAACUUGCUGGUUUUGGAGUCCAUUGAUCCUGGAUACUGCUGCCGCGUCAAGGAUUUCACUGUUGGAAGGAUUGGAUAUGGGCAUGUCAAGUUUAUUGGUGAGACUGAUGUUAGAUGUUUGAAUUUAGAUCAAAUUGUCAAGUUUCAAAAGCAUGAGAUAGUUGUUUAUGAAGAUGAUAUGGAAAAGCCAGCUGUAGGUCAGGGAUUGAACAAGCCAGCUGAAGUAACUUUGUCAUUGAACAUAGAAUUUUCGAAUUAUGGGGAAGAGAGCCUAAAAAAAGUAGAGACAAAACUGAAACUCUAUACGGAGAGGCAAGGUGCAUGCUUUAUUUCAUUUGACUCAUCAACCGGUGAAUGGAAAUUUCUGGUAUCCCAUUUUAGUCGGUUUGGAUUGAGUGAUGGAGAAGAAGAAGACAUCAUAAUGGAUGAUGCUCCAGAGGAAAUACAAGAUCCCGUGGAUAUGAAUGGUGAAGAUUUAACUGAUAACGAUGAAAUGGCCAUUUCAGAUCCAACUCUACUUUCGCAUUCUCUUCCAGCCCAUCUUGGUCUUGAUCCUGUUAGGAUGAAAGAAAUGCGGAUGUUGAUGUUCCCUACAGAAGAAAACGAUUUCGAUGAUUUUGAGGGGGGGCCUUUUGACCAUAAAUCACAAUUUCAUAAAGAAACAGCAACAAAAUCUCCUCUACAGCAUUCUAUUCAAAAGAUGCUUCAGAAGUCCAGCUCCAGUAUAGUGCGGAAGACUCCUGUAGCAUUGCUUGAGUACAAUCCUAGUAGUUUUGGUUCUGGUACUACUGGGACCAUGGUAAUGGCCCAACAAAACAAGGGCCUUCCUGUAAAAACAACAAAAGCAGAAGGGUUUGUGUUGGAAUCCAAAAAUGAUACCCCUGUUACAAGCAGUCUCUCACGCAACAUUGUUGACGCAGGAUUGUUUAUGGGCAAGUCAUUUCGAGUAGGGUGGGGUCCCAACGGUGUUCUUGUUCACUCACAGGGGUUAUCAUCAAUAAUUAAAUUGGAAAGGGUUGCAAUUGACUACGUUGUUAGGGAUGAAAGUAAAAAAAUCAAAGAGGAACUCAUUAGCCAUUGUUUCGAUUUGCCAUUAAGUCUUCAUAAGGAGAUGGAGGAAGAAAUUAAAGAAGUUGACGCAGGUCCCUUCAAACUAAAGCUAUUAAGACGCGUUCAUGAUCCAUUUACGCUUUCCAACAUCUGUCGGAGUUAUAUAUCAACAAUCGAGAAACAGUUGGAAGUCUCUGGAAUAUCUUCUUCUUCUCGGAUUGUUUUGAUGCAUCAGGUUAUGGUUUGGGAGCUAAUAAAAGUUCUGUUUUCUGCCAAGGGACAAUCAAAGCCUGAUAAUGAAGAGGAGGAGGGUGUGAUGGAUGAUGACAUGGAAUCUCUGACCUUAAUACGUAGAGCGGAAUUCAGUUAUUGGUUGCAAGAGUGUGUGUGUCAUCGAGUUCAAGAAGAAGUGAGUUCCUUAAACGACUCAAAUGACUUAAUGAACAUAUUCUUUCUCAUGACUGGACGUCAACUGAAUUCCGCUGUCGAAAUUGCUGCCUUUCGUGGUGAUGUUAGACUUGCUUGCCUUUUAAGCCAGGCUGGCGGAUCCAUGAUGAAUCGCGUCGAUAUUGAUCGACAGCUUAAAACCUGGACCAACAAGGGUCUCGACUUCAAUUAUAUAGAGGAAGAUAGAAUAAGACUUUUUAUGUUACUUUCUGGUAAUAUCCAUGGUGCAUUACAGGACAUAGAAAUCGAUUGGAAGAGAUUCAUGGGACUGUUAAUGUGGUAUCAACUCCCACCAAACACUCCAUUAGCCACUGUUUUCCGUACUUAUCAGAAACUUAUUGAUGAUGGAAGAGCUCCACGUCCAGUACCUAUUUAUAUCGAUGAAGGGCCAUUGGAGGAAACUGCAAAUUGUAAUAGUAAUACAAGAGAGCAUUUUGACCUUGCAUAUCACCUAAUGCUUCUUCAUGCUAGUGAUGAGACGGACAUUGUUGCUCUCAAGACAAUGUUUUGUGCAUUGGCUUCAACAUAUGAUCCGUUAGAUUAUCAUAUGAUUUGGCAUCAGAGGCAAGUUUUAGAAGCAGUUGGUGCUUUUACAUGCGACGAUCUUCAUGUUCUUGAUAUGGGACUUGUUUCCCAACUUCUUUGUUUGGGACAAUGUCAUUGGGCCAUCUAUGUUGUUCUUCAUAUGCCAUAUCGUGAUGAUUUUCCAAAUCUUCAGGCUACAGUUAUUAGAGAAAUCUUGUUCCAGUACUGUGAAACUUGGAGUAUGCAAGAACAGCAGCGUCAAUUUAUUGAAGAGUUGGAAGUUCCUUCAGCAUGGUUACACGAGGCUAUGGCAGUAUACUUCAAUUACUGUGGUGAUCUUCCAAAGGCUUUUGAGCACUUCCUUGAAUGUGGAAAUUGGCAAAAAGCGCACUCAAUUUUUGUAAUUUCAGUAGCAUCAUCUUUGUUUCUAUCAGGUGAACACUCUGAUCUAUGGAGGCUAGCCACAUCCAUGGAAGACCACAAGUCAGAGAUUGAAAAUUGGGAUCUGGGAGCAGGACUUUUUAUAUCUUUCUAUCUGUUACGGAAUUCUUUACAGGAAGAUAGCGAUUCCAUCAAUGAACUGGAUACACUAGACAGCAAAAAUGAUGCGUGUAGGGACUUCUUUGGUAAAUUAAACAAGUCUUCAUCUGUUUGGGGCGACAAAUUAUCAAUUGAUUCAAGAGUAACAUUAUCGAAAAUAGGAGAGGAAAUCAGCAAUAUGCUUGUUAGUGACGAUGGAGAGAACUCGAGUCGUGAGAGUCAGUUAAGCUGUUAUGAUACGGUUUUAAAUGCUCGUCGUAUAACUGAAGAUGUUCGAUCGUAUCAUCUACAAGAUGCAAUUUCGGUUUUUACAUGUUACCUAUCAGAAGCAGCAGCAGCUUCUUCUUAGUGUUGAUAAGCUGAAACCCGAAAUCAGAUUUUUUUUCUUUCUUUCUGUGUCUCAAUCACUAAAAAGGUUGCUUUUUGUGUGAUUUGUUUAAGAUUUGAAAAAAUAGAUGAAAUUGUUAUAAUUGAGAGGCAUUUGAUGAUGAUAUUGAUAAAGUAUGUGAAAUUUUCUUGUCCUGAGAAACAUUUGAUUUUGAUAAACAUUUUGUGUAA